GAAUAUGCCGAAAGAAAAAAAGGAAACGACUGGAAGAUCUAGUGAAGAGCAAAAAAUCGGGAAUGCAAAGCAACCAGACAUGAAGGAAACUGGAAAAUACGAAAUUGAGAAGGAAAUUGAAGCUGAAAAGCAAAUAGACACAUUCCAAGAACAACCACAAAGGUUAAUACUCAAAUUUAAGCGAAGACCAACUAAAUCCCAGCCAGAGGUUCAGAAAGUAUUAAGUGAAGGAGAUGGGAAGGCAUGUACAACUUCUGAGACAGAAGUUCAAAAACCAUUAUAUACAUUGAUAAUAAAUAAAAUUAUGAAUAAAAAUCGAACAAAAAAUAACGUACAAUUGCAAAAAAAAAUAAGAAAAUCUGCAGAAAACAAAAGCAAAGAAACAAAUCAAAAUCGAAAUAUCCAGCGAAAACACGAAAAAUAAUAAAAUUCUAAACACAUUUUAUCCAAAAUCAAAAUAUAAAAUCGAAAACAAUCAAAACCAAAAACAUUGAAAUCAAAACAAAUAAAUGAAAAUAAUAAAAAUAUAAACUUACGUUCUGACAUCAAUGUACUUAAAAUUCCAGAAUUAGAUUCGAAAAGAGCUUCAGAAUUUUCCAUAACUGCGAGCUCCAUGGAAACAGAGGAGAGAGAAAAUAAGAGAGAAAAAAUCGAAAUAAACCCUAAG